GCGGGCGGCGGGGCCGGGCCGGGCAGCGCGGUGGCGGCGGCGCGGGCGGGCGGCGCGCCGGGCCCCAUGGCCUCCUGCUCCAGCAUCGACAUCGAGGACGCCACCCAGCACCUGCGGGACAUCCUCAAGCUGGACCGGCCGGGAGGUUCGGUGAAUGAGAACCAGAGACCGUCUAAUUCGUAUAACGGGGACCUGAAUGGGCUGCUGGUGCCUGAUCCCCUUGGGAGCGGAGAUGGACCUGCUUUGGCCAAGCCAGUGCAUCGCAGCAUCUCUCUAGGAGCCCUGCAGGAGAAACAAGUCAUCUGCCUUUCUGGUGAUGACAGCUCCACAUGCUUAGUGAUAUCAGCAAAAGACGUGGAGGUAGUGGCCAGCAGUGAUUCCAGCAUCACCAGUAAGGCCAGAGGGAGUAACAAGGUGAAAAUACAGCCUGUUGCUAGAUAUGACUGGGAGCAGAAAUACUAUUAUGGCAAUCUGAUAGCUGUUUCAAACUCUUACCUGGCUUAUGCCAUUAGAGCUGCCAGCAAUGGCUCUGCUAUGGUGCGGGUGUUGAGCGUCAGCACUGCUGAGCGAACCUUGCUGAAGGGAUUCACAGGAGGCGUGGCAGACCUGGCCUUUGCUCACCUCAACUCCAACCAGCUGGCCUGCCUGGACGAGGCUGGCAACCUUUUUGUCUGGCGCCUGGCCAUGGAUAAAGAAAAAAUCCAAGAGGAGAUCUUGGUUAACAUCAAGCGACCUGACAAUACCCCAUUGAACACCUUCCGGAGAAUCAUCUGGUGCCCCUUCAUCCCUGACGAUAACGAGGAGAGCGGGGAGGAGGGAAGUCAGACCUUGGCGUUGUUGCAUGAGGACAGGGCAGAGGUGUGGGAUUUGGACAUCAUCCGAACCAACAACAGCUCCUGGCCGGUGGAAGUGCCUGACAUCAAAGAAGGUUUCAUUGUGGUGAAAGGCCACAGCACGUGCCUGAGUGAAGGAGCACUUUCUCCAGAUGGAACUGUGUUGGCCACAGCAAGCCAUGAUGGUUUUGUAAAAUUCUGGCAGAUCUAUAUUGAGGGACAGGAUGAGCCAAGGUGUCUUCAUGAGUGGAAGCCCCAUGAUGGUAGACCUCUUUCCUGCUUGCUCUUUUGUGACAACCAUAAAAAACAAGACCCAGAAGUUCCCUUCUGGAGGUUCCUCAUCACAGGAGCCGAUCAGAACAGAGAACUGAAGAUGUGGUGCACAGUGUCUUGGACCUGUUUGCAGACUGUUCGCUUUUCUCCUGACAUCUUCAGCUCCAUGAGUAUUCUUCCCAGCCUGAAGGUCUGCCUGGACCUCUCUGCUGAAUAUCUGAUACUGAGUGAUGUGCAGAGAAAAGUCUUGUAUGUGAUGGAGUUGAUGCAGAACCAAGAGGAGGGCAAGGCUUACUUCAGCUCCAUCUCAGAGUUCCUCCUUACCCACCCAGUGCUGAGCUUUGGCAUCCAGGCUGUGAGCCGCUGCCGGCUAAGGCACACUGAGGUGCUCCCGGCAGAAGAGGAAAAUGACAACUUGAGUGUAGAAGGUUCUCAGGGCUCUGGGGCUGUUGAAUCAGCAGCAGGUGUGCUGAUAAAACUCUUCUGUGUUCACACCAAGGCCCUACAGGAUGUGCAGAUCAGGUUCCAGCCUCUUCAUAGCCCUGACACAAGUGCUUCCAUGCCUGCCCAUGGCUCUCAUGAAGAAUUUGCCUUUCCAGACCACAUGGCUGAUCUGAGCACGGAAGGGCUGGGAUCUGAAAAGGAGUCUGUGCACGGCUCCCAGCCAGACCUGCGGCGUAUCGCUGACCUGCCUGUGCCAGCAGACUUCCUUUCUCUCUCCAGUGAUGCCAAACCCAAGCUGAUGACUCCAGAUGCAUUCAUGACACCAAGUACUUCUCUUCAACAGAUCGCUGUCUCUCCAGGCAGCAGUGUCAGUUCCCUGACUGCAGUCACAGCCAUGAGCAGCACUUCUGUCACAGAUGCCUCUCUGCCCAGAGCUUCAGAAGACUUGACUGUGAGCCCCAAGAUGCAGCUGGACACCAGCCUCACUCUGAGCAGCAGCAGCAGCAGUCUCCAGACCAGUCCUAGGAGUCACUCUGUUCUUAUCCCAGGCCUCCCUGACAAGCUAACACCAAAGGCACCUGUUCCAGUCACACCAGGAAACUCCUCUCUAGCACUGGAACUGCAGGAAGUGGAGCCCUUGGUGGUGCCCCAGGCUUCUCCCACCCGUGAGCGCUCUCCAGAUGUCAUUUCCUCUGCUUCCACAGCCAUGUCCCAGGAUAUCCCAGAGAUUGCUUCCGAGACCCUGCAGCGCAGCUUUGCGGCGGCUCCGGCCGGGCUCCCUGGGGAGGUGCUGGAGCCCGGGCACCACGCAGACAGUAUGGCCUCAGCUGCCUCUGCCUUGCACUUGCUGUCUCCCAGGAAUCGCCACAACUCUGAGCACAGCCACCACUCUUUGGACAUGCCUCCAGUGGAGGUGGACAGACUGAACGCUCCAUCGUUACUGGAGACUGCUUUAACUCAGGAAAAUGCAUCUUCUGACAGCGUUGUGAGUCAGCCGUGGCCGGCGGCUCCUGACAUAACCCGGGAAACCAGGAACAGCAUGGCAGACAGCCCAAGGGAUGAGGUUGAAGAAAAGCACAAGAGCUCUUCCUACCAUCGACACAGCUACCACCUUCUGCAGCAUGACAGCCAGGAUGCCAGUGCAGAACAAAGUGACCAUGAUGAUGAAGUUGCAAGCUUGGCUUCUACGUCAGGUGGAUUUGGUGCCAAAGCAUCUGCGCAGAGGCUGCCUGUGAAGGACUGGAAAGUCAAGGCAUCCCCCCGGGCUUCCCCAAAGCUAAAGCGCAAGGGCAAGAAGGAUGACGGGGAUAUGAACCAGUCACCAAGAUCAUCUAACAACCAGGUGACACCAGAGUUCCAGGAUGAGGUGAUGUGCAUCCUGAGGGGCCAACAGCGGGAGCUCUCGGAGCUGCGGCAGAACCAGAUGGAGCUGCUGCAGAGACUCACGGAUCACCUCGAUGCCAUCCAGAGCUCCCUCAUGGGCCACAUGGAGAGGGUGAUCGACUCCCAGCAGGAGCAGGAGCAGAGAAGACUGGACCGGGUGCUGAUGGAAGGGCAGCAGCGCAAUGGGCAGCUCCAGGAGCACCUGUCCCAGCAGCUCUCCCAGUCCCUGUCCACAGCUGUGUGUAACCGUCUGGAGAGGACCAUUCGGGAGGAGAUGAAGAAGACAGUGCCCCAGUGCAUUUCCAAGAGCAUGGACCCUACCGUCAGCCAGCUCAGUAGUACUAUUGCUACCAAGCUCACUGCUGUCGAGGGGACACUGAAAGAGAAUAUUACCAAGCUAGUGAAAUCAAAGAACCUUACAGACAGUGUUGUGAGGGCCACAGCUGACACUCUGCAGGGACCCAUCCAGUCAGCCUACAGGGAGGCCUUCCAGAGCGUCGUGCUGCCAGCCUUUGAGAAGAGCUGCCAGUCCAUGUUCCAGCAAAUCAAUGACACCUUCAAGCAGGGCACACAGGAAUAUAUCCAGCAGCUGGAGGCUCACUUGAAGAACAAGAAGGUACGAGAGCAGGAGGUGCGGGACCCGCUGCUGAACCAGCUGCGGCAGCUCAUCAGCACCUUCCAGAGCACCACGGAGCAGCUGGCGUCCACCAUCGCGGCCAGCGUCCAUGCUGAGGUGCAGCACCAGCUGCACGUCAUCGUGGGCAACAUGCAGGAGUCUAUUUUGGCCCAGGUGCAGAGAGUCAUUAAAGGAGAAGUGAGCCUGGCUAUGAAGGAGCAGCAGGCAGCUGUCACCUCGAGCAUCGUCCAGGCAAUGCGCUCGGCAGCCGGGACACCCAUCCCCUCUACUCACAUGGAUUUCCAGUCCCAGCAGACUCACAUCCUUCAGCUGCUCCAGCAGGGACAUCUCAACCAAGCUUUCCAGCAGGCUCUAACAGCAGCUGAUCUCAACCUGGUUCUUUAUGUCUGUGAGACUGUGGAUACUCAGCAAGUAUUUGGACAGCAUCCAUGCCCGCUGUCCCAGCCUGUGCUGCUCUCCCUCAUUCAGCAGCUCUCCUCAGAUCUGGGCACUCGUACAGAACUGAAGUUGAACUACUUGGAGGAUGCAGUGAUGCACCUUGACCAAAGCGACCCCAUCACCCGAGACCACAUGGGGUCAGUCAUGAACCAGGUGCGGCAAAAGCUCUUCCAGUUCCUCCAGGUGGAACCCCACAACCCUCUGAGCAAGCCUGCGCGUCGCCUCAUGAUCAUGCUCCAGGGCCUGGUCACCCCUGGCAUGACCUAGGAGGACCUGGCUGCCUGGUGGGCUGCUCCACCGAAGCCCACCCAGCAGAUCUGUAGUUUCUAACGGCGCCUGGCUGGUGUUAAGAGCUCUUGCCAGAAAAUCUAUCAACGCGUGUGUGAUGUCUCCAAGGCGAACACUAUCUGUGUAUAGUUCCAGAUUGUCACUGAACAUUCACUUGGCUUAUUUUUCCUAAAUAGCCUCUUUUUUGAGAGUUAAAUCUC